AGCAUCAAAGGGUUUUUUAUCAAAUGGGUUCUUACAGCGUCCAAGAUCCAUGAGCUGCAGCCCGACCCGCCUGGCAUGGAAUUACGACCCGCUCCGAAGUCCGAGUUGGCCCUCGCGCUCUCUCUCUCUCUCUCUCACUCUCUCUGAGACACACAAAACCAUCCAUUAGGGUUUCGCUACGGUUUUGAUCCCUUGAAUAUUCGUUUUGAGUUGUGUUCUUAAACCGUUACGUUUGAAAGUUCCUUUCUUUGAUCAUACUUGAAGUACUUGGAUAUAGAAUUUAUGGAUAUGGUAGCAAUUCAAUCAUCAAAUUUGGGAUUCUCGAAUGCUCAUGGUUCUUUGAUUGGAUUUCAUUCAACAAAGCAAUGGAGUCAGAAUUUUAUGGUCGAAGUUAAUUCAAUAAAAAUCGUGGCUCUGCAACACUCCAAUAGGAGGGACAAAGAUGUUUUCAGAUUCAAAUGCAUUAGUUCAGAUUCUGCAGCGAAGACAAUCACGGUGUUGCCGGACUCUACACCGAAAACUGACAAUGGAAGUACAGGCGGCGGCGGCAGCUUUGGCGGCGAUGGGAGGUUUCCGUCUGGCGGAGGCGGCGGUGAUGGUGAAGAGAAUGAUGAGGAUGAGGAAGAGUUUGGACAGGUAAUGAAGUAUGAGGAAGCGAUGAGAGAGAUUGAAUUGCGAGGGGCUAGUCUUCCUUCUGAUAUGUUAGAGGCUGCAAAGACUAUGGGACUUCGCAGACUGGUUCUUACUCGAUACUUGGAUUUGCAGGGAUCAGGUUGGCCAUUAAGCUUUUUGGUGAGGUAUUGUGGAAUGCUUCGGAACCGAAUGCUUGCUGAUCCGAAUUUUCUUUUUAAAGUUGGAACAGAGGUAGCCAUUGAUUCUGGUUGUACAACCUUUGCUGAAUUUCAAAAAAGAGGAAAGGAUUUUUGGGCAGAAUUUGAAUUGUACACUGCAGAUCUUUUGGUUGGCAUGGUUGUUGACAUUGCUUUGGUUUCCAUGUUAGCACCGUACACUCGUAUUGGGAAGCCAUCUACAUCUAGUGGUUUCUUUGGACGAUUCAAUCGUGCUUGUGGAGCUCUUCCAAGCAGUGUUUUUGAAGCUGAAAGGCCAGGAUGUAAAUUCUCAAUGAAACAGCGGAUUGCUACCUAUUUUUACAAGGGCAUAUUGUAUGGCUCAGUUGGAUUCGGGUGUGGUCUUAUUGGCCAAGGCAUUGCAAAUUUGAUCAUGACUGCUAAACGGUACAGUUCUAUCUAGAUGCAUCUUGUAUUAGAUGUCUUUCUAGAAUAUAUUCAGUGUAGUGACUAAACGAUGUAUAUGGGACAUGAUCUCUAUUCUAUAUUUUAUUUGUUAAGACUAGUGUAUAACCCACAGGAAAAGAUCAUUUGCCUAGAAGCAUGGAAGAAAUGGAAAACAGCAUCUCAAGCUUUGAAUUUCCUUUGUAUGAAAUUCCAUCCUACAAAUCAAC